AUGUGCAAGGACAUCGAGCCCGUUGGAGACGGCGAAGUUGGCAAGGCCCAGCUGGGAAAGGAACUGGCGUACGACGAGCUGGGCGCGGCAGCUUCCCAGCCGAGCCAAGAGCAUCAAGGAGCUGCGGUGAAAAGCCAGAGGGGAGGGAACGUCUGCGGAGAAUUACGCCGCAUAGUGCUUGGUGUUUACGAUGGCCGUGAGUGGUCCAAUGCUGGACCAUAUGAGCUGGAGCUUGCACGACCCUGCUCUGACGGGCGAUGGGAUGGUGGCGGUGUGACGGAGACCAUGAACGUAAAGGGAGAUGCGGACGCCAGAAUCAUUAAGUUCCAUUACACGUUGGUCUAUAGUGACGUUCGGAUGUGCUACAAGUUCUUCCUGAGAGGCGUUCCCAACGGGCAGACGUGCGCGAAGCUGAACUCUAGCAUGGUGACGUCGAUCGAGGAGGUCUGCACGCUUUUGUUCUACUAG